AUGGUAUCCCUUAAUGAAGUAAUCAUCGCUGUUCUCGACGGCAUCCAAAUCGACGCCUUUGGUGGCAAUGAAGUUGAGCGCCUGAAAGUCCGUGCUGCUGCACGUCGACUGCUGGCCAGAGUGGAGACCCCCUAUGAACGUGCAUGGGGGUUCUGUUUCGAACAUCCUGCUGUGUUUGCCGCCCUGCAGACAUGUAUCGAUCUGGGGCUUUGGAGAUCCUGGACUGCCAUUGGAGGGGGAGAGAAGACGAUAGAUGAGCUGGUUGAUUUGACCAAGCCCACUAUCGAGACAAACCUACUCCGUCGAUUCUUCCGCUUAUUGGCAGCUUUCAAUGUGGUUGAAGAGACGGGAGUGGAUGUAUUCAAGCCGACUCCGUUCUCGUUUGCCAUUGGUGAUGAAAGUACCAAGGUCCGGGCUUCACUUGAAGCAGCCACCCACCAAUACAUCGCUUCUGGUCGUAAUUUACCAGGCUACUUAGCCAAAACCUUCUACAAAGAGCCGACCGACAUCAAUGUAAACAACUACUCAGACUCCGAUCCAGAUGGCCUCAAUUUCUUCGGUCGAUUGCAGGCAAGUCCCGCGUACUUCGAAGCUUUCACGGGACACAUGGAAGCAUGGACAACAUGGAAGACCCCCUGGACCAAGGUCUACGAUACAAGCCAAUUGCUCGAGGGUGCGAAUCUGGAUAACGGAUCUCCAUUCGUGGUUGACGUAGGAGGAAACACAGGCAUCGACAUUUCCCAUGUUCUAGCCGCACAUCCGGAUCUUCCAGCCGGGGCCCUCGUUCUCCAAGAUCUUCCUGAGAUUAUCGCCAAAGCAUCUGUGGACAAAAAAAUUACGGCGAUGGUUCAUGACUUUUUCUUACCGCAGCCUGUUAAAGGGAGUCGUGCAUACUUUAUGCAUGCGGUUCUUCACGAUUGGCCUGAUGAGAAAGCUAAGCAAUUGCUUGGUAAUACCCGUGAUGCCAUGGUGAAGGGUUACUCGAAGCUCUUCAUUUAUGACAUCGUCCUUCCACCUAAAGGGGCGAGCAUUAGUCAAACGACUAUGGACGUGCAGAUGCUGGCCUUACUUUCGGCUGCUGAGCGGACGGAAGCUACUUGGAAGAAACUUUUGGCUGAGUCUGGUUUCAAGAUUUGCAAGUUUUGGCCUGAUCCCCAACAGUAUGAGAUGAUCAUUGAAGCCGAGGUUGCGUAG